AUGCAGGCCGUGAGCUCCCGUCCGUCGCUUGCGGCGCCGGCGCUGGGAGCACCGCCGCGCGCGGCCCCCGGCGCCGCGGCCGUCGCGGCGCGCCUGUCAGGAGGUCGGAGGCCGCGGGGGGCGCCCUCGGCGCGGCGGUUGCUCUUGCCGCGGGCGCUGGAGCGGCCGCCGGAGGCGCGCGACGACGGGAGGGAGAGGGGCUCGUUCUGCCCCGCCCUGGCUGCCGCCCUCGGCGUGGCGGCCGUCAGCAAGAUCCGGUGGGCGCACUGCGUGAACUCGAGGCGGAGGCUGCGCAGGGCUCUGCUCGACGAGCGGGUGCACAUGCUGGAGGUCGACGUGAGCUUCGGCGAACUGCGCGCGCCCUCGGCAGCAGGCCCCGCCUGCGGCCCGGCGGCCGCUCGGGGAACGCCUGCGCCUCUCGGCGGCGGCUCUUGGGGCCCCGUCGCGGCGCACUUCCCGACCCAGCGGAGAGCAGCGACCUGUCGGUCGAGGAGCUCCUCCGAACCGUCAUGCAGCACAACGCCGGAGGCGGCAGCCCCAAGGGGCUCAAGUUGGACUUCAAGCAGCUCGGCUGCGUGCGGCCCGUCGUGGCAGCGGUGCUGGACCUGCACGCGCAGCUCUCCGCCGCCCGCGGCCCCGCGGCCGCCGCCGUCCUUCCCCCGCUUCUGCCCGCCGUGUUCUUCAACGCGGACACGUGGUGCGCGGCUCGUGCCUGAUCCCGCGGAUCACGGAGCGCCUGCAGGAUCCGCUGCCCCUCGGCGAGUUCGUGCGCGACGUCGCGUCCGGCCUGGCGCCCGCGCAGCCCGGGCGCGUCCGCUGCGCGCUGUCUCUGGGCUGGACGCCUGGCCUGCCCACUCUGGCUGCCGCCUGACCGACGCCAUGGCGGAGCAGAUGCUCGCCGCCCUGCCGCCGGUGCAGGCCGCGUGCGACGCGGGGCUGCUGCAGCACGUCACGUUCGGCGUCUCGGCCGCCUGUGCCCGCGACAGCGCGCCGACGCUUUCCAGGAUCAGGGCCGCUGUCGGGGAUAGCGUGGACACGUCCGUGACGUUCUUCUCGGCGGCGCGCCUGGGGGGGGAAGUUGGAGGCAGGCCCUCUCAGAAGGCGGCGGGGCUUAUCAGAAGCCCCCUGGCCCUCCGAGGAGCCGCCUCUGUGUCCAGAGAGGGUUUCGAUCUCUUUGGGGUCAGAGGGCCCGAGGCCUUUGCGCCUUCCGAGGAGGCCCGCCCCCUCUGA